AUGCACAACGUCAAUGGACGAACAGUGGUCAAUGGCGACACAUUCAGUUACAACAAGCACGUGCGCGAUCUACCCAUGACACAAGCUUCCAUUCCAAUACAACAUGUGAACAUGUUGGAUGAUGGUACCUCUGGCAGCAACAAGUCCUUGAUAUCAAAGCAAGAACGCUGUAUGGUUGGCUCAAUGGUAUGCGUGGUAUUCGAUCUACAAAGCGAAACCUGUGAAUUAACGAGACUUACAGUGAAACAGCAGCAAGACAAUAUGGAUGACAUGGAGAUACGGCUUUAUUUGAGGCAUUAA